UAAAAUUAAUUCUUUGACAUCAAGAGCUUGCGUUGGUGUAUUUAUUAUUUAGUAUUCAAUCAAAGUGUGUACUAAAAGAGUACUAUCAUGUAAGUAAUAUUGUAUUGAGUAACAAUAUUUUCAUCAGUGACAUUAAUCUAUUUAAAAACGAAAUAUUGUAACUAAAUAUUAUGACAACACAUACAAAAAAUGAAGAAAUAUCAGAAAAGCCAAAGGACUCUACUUUGGAUAAACCAAAUCUGAAGGGAGAUUGGUUAAAUUUUUAUUUUUUGAUAUUAAUUUAUACUUUUCAAGGAACUACUACAGGUUUGUCCUACGCUUUUCCCAUAAUUCUUCAAAACACGAAACUUGUGACAUAUAAUGAUCAAGCUAUAUUAAGUUUUGUACUAUGGCCUUUCAGCUUUAAACUCUUAUGGGCACCAGUAGUAGACGCACUAUAUUUGCGGUGGAUAGGACGACGGAAAUCAUGGUAUAUUCCUAUUCAAUUACUAAUCGGGAUACUCUUUCUUAUUUUUGCUGAUAACAUUGAUAACUGGUUACCUGUGUCAGGUAAACCAAACCUCAAUAUGAUCGUAUGCGUACUGUUCCUCAUUAAUUUUUUAGCUGCGACUCAGGAUAUAGUAGUUGACAGUUGGGCAUUAAGCUUGUUGAAAAAAAAUAAUGUGAGUUAUUCAUCCACGUGUAAUAGCACAGGUAUAGCAUUUGGUUUGUAUAUUGGUUCCGUCUGUCCAAUUCUUCUUUCAUCUGAAUACUUUUGUAACAAAUACUUAAGAUUCACCCCAGACGAAGGAGGAAUAUUAACCAUUAGAAGUUUUCUAUUAUUUUGGGGCAUAGUGUUCGUGUUUGUUACAAUUUUAAUUAUAUUUAAAAAAGAAAGAAACAGUGAGUUAAAAGAAGACGACGAUCAAAUUAAGAUCGAUAUUAUUCAGAGUUAUAAGAUGUUAUGGAAUAUUUUUAAAAUCAAACACAUGAAGUUAUUGUUAAUGGCUAUUCUGACGUCUAUGAUUGGAUUUUGUACAUCAGAAUCCGUCACAAAUUUGAAACUUAUUGACGCUGGUGUAUCCAAAGAUGACAUUAUGGUAAUAACUACAGCUAUGUUUAUUCUGAAAAUGUGUUUACCAAUUUUUGUAACCAAAUACACAACGGGUCCGAAACCGAUAAGCUUGUAUUUAAAGAUGGUGCCAAUCAGAUUGGCUUGGGGUACUUUUUUCGCUGUGCUGAUUUAUUACACUCCAAAUGUAAUUCAAAACUAUGGACAUUUGCCAGUGUAUUAUUAUUUAGUUAUGGGACUUGUAUUCGCAGUAAACAGGAUAUUGGCCCAAAUUAUGGUAACAUGUAUGAUAGCAUUUUUCUCACGGAUUAGUGAUAUUCGUUUCGGAGGCAUGUACAUGACGUUGCUAAACACUGUUCGUAGCAUAGGAUGGGUAAUACCAAAUACGUCGUUUCUUAAAAUGGUCGACACGUUGACGUUUAAUUCGUGUUCGAAUGAUGUCCAAAAUAGUUGUUCAACGCCAGAUUUAGAAAAUAUAUGCAGUUUAAACGAUGGAAAUUGUGAGACAAUUGUGGAUGGCUAUUAUGUCGAAGUAGUCAUGUGUUUGGUUAUCGGAUUUAUUUGGUAUGCCGUUUACAAGAGACAUCUUAAGUUUUUCGAAUCAAAGGAUCGUUCUCAUUGGUUAUUAGAUUUGAAUCGACCAGGGAAUGUUUAAGUUCCUUUCGUAAAAUAUAUCUGACGAAUAUCUAUAUUAUAUGAUAUAUUAUAAAGGGUGAUUUAUUUUUAAAACCGAACUCUCAUUUUAAUGUUAUAUUUAUAGUUACUUAAAUUACUACUUUUGUUAUAUAACUUAUUUAUUAUUGUAAUCUUUUAAUGCAAAUAUUUGUUUGUUUUAAAUAUUGAUUCGUUAACAUUAAUAUAUUGUACCAUUAUCAACUGAUAAUGAGUGGCCAGUAGUAACACGUGUGCUAAGGCCAAAUCUGAUAACCUGAUCAUUCAUUUUUUUUUCACAAAAUAUUAUACUAAGUUUAAUAUACUACUUAAAUAUAGAUAAUUUAAAAUGAUUUUUGUAUAUAUAUAUUAUAUAUUAUAUAUGGAAUUCACUUACGUAUAA